AUGAAGGCGCAAAAGCCAGGUACCGACUGGACUGCGACCGUCUUCCUUCGCGUCAAUGGCAAACCUGGUGCGGAGUAUGUGCUGCCCGACAAGAACAGCGACCACCCUAACAUCCUCGAGUGCUUCGUCCCAGCUGAGCCUGGUCAACGACUUGCGAUUCACGGCAACUUCGCUGGAUCAACGACCAACUUUGUCGCUGAUCUCAUCGUUGACGGCUCAUUCCUCCGCCAAACCUCUUCAAACAGCAGCCAUGGACUCGUAACCAAGAAUCACAACAUCAAGUUCGACAAGGCAAUGACGAUACCAUUCCCUAAAGACUGGUCUUCUAUUGAGCAUCCGAAGAGUGGGGUGGAGGGAAACAUGCACGUGGACAAGAUCGAAGAGAAUUUUGUUGCGGACCUGUCGACUUACGAGAAUCCGACGUUUGGCAGUCGUCGCGCUGGAGUUGGAAGCAUUCAAGUUGUCAUCUACGCCAGUCAACAUGUUAUGAACCGUCACCAAGAUAGAGAAUGGAACAUCACACUCGGCGUCUGGAAGGACUCUCAGCGACAGGAGAAGAAGGACGUACGAAAGAGUGGCAUUAAGCCUGAAUUCGAGGUCAAGCUGGAGAAUACGAUGGAGGCCACAGCAAAGAGAGGUACGGGCCAUUACAAGCACUGGCAUGACAACACUCGUCCAGGGUUCGACGAAGUCGCGCGAUUCAUCUUCUAUUAUCGAAGCCAGGCUGCGAUUGAUGCCAUUGGUUGCAUUUUGCGAGCGGAUGAAGAACAAAAACUGGAGCAGUGGAAUGAGAACGCCGAGCUUCAUGGUCGUCGACACGGCAAAUUCAAAGAGGGUGAAGCCCCAGCUAAAGGGUUCAAGAAGCCACGAUCUGUCAAUCGCGACGACGAGGAGGCCGAAGAAGAACAUGCAGGUGAAAGCGAGAAUGCUCAAGGUGAUGUAAUUGACAGAGAGGAAAAGGACCCUAGCGUGGAAACCGCAAAUGAGCUUCAAAGUGGACUUCCUAAUCACAAGGCGCUGCAGAGACUGGGAGGUCCUUUGAGCCUUGCUCUUGGAACGUCUACCCAAAUGUCGCCGAACGACACCGGGUAUGAGAAGAGCGCAUCGAGCGCAGAGGAUUCGACUUCGUUAGAGCACAUUCGAGAUGCGGCCGUGGGCGACAGCAAGCACACGAGAAACAGUCCGCACAGCGGCCCAGGCGCAGACGCUGUUGUCGAAACAACGAUAGGAAUUGAUGCACCCUUCGGCGUUGGCGCUCGAGAGUCUACUAAAGCGACCGGAGACAUGAUGCGAGACGAUCUUGACGAAGCUCAAUUGGGCGCCGAAGAUACAACAGAUCGCGCUCUGACACAUGCCCAUGACCUCACCUUACCAGCGACAUCAAAUCCAGCGCGUCAAGUGAACACCUUGGCGCGGACCAUCGAAAACGAUGCAAGAAGCCCACGAAAACCUUUGAGAUUUCAACCAUCAUCUGACAACUUUCGAAGUACGCUCAUCGGCGACCUUCUCGUUCCCCUCAACUUGGCUGGACAGCUUUCACCGCCAGCACUGAGUUCACGAGAUCACCACGACAGUAGUGAACCCUUCCCGGCAGCGUCAGACCCAUCUACAAGACUUAUCAACAAGACUGACCAAGUCACCAACUCGAAACGAACUUCAGACAUCGACGUAGAGACGAGUCCAAGCAAUGGGACCGAAUGGGGUCAGCUCCCCACUCGUGAGGAGAUAUUAGCAGAAUUCUCGUCAGAUGACACUUUGACACUUGUCGAGGCAACGGCCCUCUUUGGCCGGCAUGGUCCCUACCAGAGCAAUACUUUGAGUCGUCUGGCGUUCAACAAGGAACUCUACGAGGUCGCUGACCAAAUCGGCACCAACAUCUUCAGCUUGAAGGCUGCAUACACCAAGCAAUCGAACUUGAACGACACCGAUGCCUUCGUCGAUCAGUCCAGUCCAGGUCCAGCAGACCUGCAUGGUGACAAGAUCGAGCUCGGGCCAUCUAGCGAACUGAGCAGUGCCGGCAAUCACAUGCAGGGUCGUGGCAACACUCACAUUCGCGACACUUCUACCACUCCUCGUCGGCAUUCUUCGUCCAACAAACAAUCGCCUCAACAAUCACACAGCACCAUAAAGUCGGGUAUUGUUGGAGCAAACAACAUUUCCUCAGCCUCUACACCCAGAACUGGAUCAUCGAAACGCAUCCGGACAGCAGUGAGGCGCAGUACCGAGAUCGAUAUCACGCCAACCAAGGUGCCGCCCAAGAUGCCGUCCAACUCCUCAACGCCAGCUUCUGGCGUGAAGCGGGCUGCAAACGCAUCAGCCUAUGCUGAGUCCUCCACCAAGCGACCGAAGAAGGACGAUAAGGCCAGAGUGCCAAAGGCCAACACUACCCCUUGCAAGACUGGACCUACCUCUGCACCGACCUCGGUCACGCCUGCGCCUGCGCCAAAGGCCGAGCCUUAUCCUGUACCGAUCGACGACGAAGACCUCGAUGCCCGUGAACUCCGCCUCGAAAAAGUCAGAGCCGAGAUCGCCAAAAAGAAAGCCAAGCUCGAGGAGCUUCGUGCCGCCAAGCUGGCAAAGAAGGCCGCCAAGGCAGCUGAGAAGGCUGAAAAGGAGCGCAAGGCUCGGGAGAAGGCCGAGCAGGAGGCCCGAGAAGAAGAGCAGCGUAAAGCUGCACAUCGUAGGAGACUCGAGGAGGAAGAAGAGAACCUCCAGAACGAUCUCAUGGGCCUUGAUGUGGAAAUUGAGCAGCACGAUGACGAGAGUGAUGAGAGUGAUAGGGAGAGUGAGCCUGAGGUGGGUGGAAAGCAAGCUAAAGGUGUUGGCGAUUCUGAUUCGGAGGAGGAGAGUGAGGAAGACUAG